AUGACUGACAACACCAACCCCGGCAACUUCGCCAACCGCCCGACCGAAGAGGUCAAGGAGAUCGCUGCCAAAGGUGGCCGUGCUAGUGGAGGCACUGGAGGAUCCUCUGACACGUCCUCCGGCAACAGCGGCAGCGGCUCGUCGGGCGGCGACGUCUCCAGCGAGGGACGCAACCCUGACGGUACCUUCCAAAAGGGUUCUCAGGCUGCGAAGGAGGCCGGCGCCAAGGGUGGACACAGCUCUUAG